AUGCUCACGCCCACCGUCGCCAACCGUCUCAGCUUCCUAUAUGCAAUUGGCAACACACCUGCCACGAGUCUCACGCGCAGCGUCCCCAUUGGCAAGGACGUCGACGUUCUGAGUCUGGGGUGUGGCGAUGUGCGAAAUAUUCUCUUCACCUCAUACGUGGAAAGAGGACUAGCGCGGAAUAUCUUCUUCUUGACGCUGCUGCUGGAUGGCCCCGGCCAUGUUUCGCCGAGCUGCCUCUGGGAUAUAUACUACCACCUCUAUGUGGAUGCUGCUGCUGUGGAACAAGUCCUGAAGCAUGUGAAGAAGCUGCUGCCCCUUCUCGAGACUCUUGGGGCCUGGAAACGCGGGCCGUACGCCAAGGUCAUCAGAGUCGCUGACCAGGACACUCUUGAUGAUGUUCGAGCCGUGUGCCGCAGGAUUCGUGAUGGCGUGGAGCAGCGAGACACUGCUUCGUACGCUAGGACUUUUAAGAAGAAUCUGAAAAAGACUUCCGAGGCGUUAGAGGCCUUUUCUGGAAAAGACGGUGUCAAUAUGAGUGGCGUGAGGUCUGCGGCUCCGCUCUCGCUGAAUUCGCACAAUGAUAUGAUCAAGGCGUUUCAGACGUAUUCUACCCACGGGACGGUGACGCCUCAUGAUCCAGGAAACACGGUGCCGAAUCCAAUGUUUGCGAGUCUGGUCUCCGAGACGAAUGUCUUUCAUUACGGAAGCGAUCCCACUCUUGGGUAUCAUUUGGCUGUUGCGUUUGCACCGCUGUCUGAGAAUUCGCCUCUUAAAAUGCAUGAUGAAAAGACGGAGUUUCAGACGGCAGAGGCCGCAAGAACCCAGUUUACCGAAUGGAUUGCCGCUUUCAGGGAGCUUGCGUCUCGAGGGAUGAUGGUGCGGUUCAUGGUCGCCGACGUAUUUGCUUGCUGCCAUACCUUGCAGCACUCAGCGAGCACCGGCAAGCCAUCUGGGAAUUGGUACCGAAGACAGUGGGAUUCGAAACCCUUGAGGCUGGAUGGCGAUGAGUACGGACCGGCUGGAAAAGGCCCGACUGCGUUUGACGUUGUCGACAGCUCCAAUCUUUCCGAUCAUGUUGGCGCCUUGAACAUCAUCGUUGCGGCUUCGUCGCUGCUGAAGACUGAGCCGUGGGCUACACUGUACACUGAGACUCUCCUCAAACAAGAAAAAUCGCAGCAAGAAGCGUUUGAAAAGCUGCUCUGCGGCAACAUUGCCACGGUGUUGCUUCUCCUCGGUAUCAGCCCCGUGCAGUACUGGACGAAUGCCAAGUGCGAGUCUCAUGUGGAUGAGGUCUUUCUUACCAUGCUUGUGGGCGCAAUGAACGCUCCGCAAACCCAGAUCCAUAGCCGUAUGGCGUGGAAGCGAGAUGACCAGCUGUCUGGGACGCUGGGGGCCCGAGGAAAGCUACACAUUGAUCCCUCUGCCCUCGUUCGCAUCUUGUUUGACAUCUACAUGCGCAUGUUCUCGGGGGAGAACUUCAAAAUCUCUGUCAAUGCGGCAUUGGAUAGAUCUUCGGCUUACACCCAUUUUCAUCGGGGAAGCUACGCCUCGUUUCUGAAGCUGGUCAAGCACCGGGUCAGAACAGAUUGGCCUGCUGUCUGUUCUCAGCUCCUUGACAAGAUAUCUCAGGAUCGAACUCUAGCCCUGUCGACGAACCAGCUUCAGGAGCUUGGAAUCCAGAUGCAUUUGCAAGACGUGAGCACCGAGUCGUGGCUGCUUCGCGAGAGCGACAACUUGUCCACCGGCGGGCGGUUCCGUAUGUGGAAGAACAUCCCUCUCGCUGUGGCCGUUACUGUUAUUGUUCCCCGUUCUGCUGUUGAGCGGCUUUACGCAGGGGAAAACCGAGAAAGGUCAUCUCCAACCUUUGUUGGCUCGCUUCGCGCGGGUGCGAGCUCGCCAAACCAGUGGCAGAACAUGUACAGCGAUGUUCAUAUUGUCUUUGGAAAGGUCAAGAACUCCCCUAAGGACGAAAACACGCCCAUUAUCGUCGAGCAGGAUGACCAAGGAUGGAGCGGCAGCUCAGCCUUGAUUGCAUCCUUUGUUGUGCCCACGGCUGCGCUGCAAGUUGAUCCUGUAGACGCACGAGUUGCGAUUUGCAUACCGCCAUCGACGCAAGCUGCAUUUCUGUAUAUGGGAAUCCUGGGGAUGGAAAUGACAGUUUUUGAAACAAAGCUGUCGGCAGCCUCAAGUGUCUUUGUCACCAAACUCAUGCCAGGUCUCACAGGACACAAAAGUGUGUGCAGCAGGGUUAACAACUUCACUGAUGUUGUGGAUGAUGCCGGAAACGGCACGAGUAACAAGAUCAUGGCAGAAGUCCCUGCCUCGGAAUCCGCGAUUACGACAAUCACUGGGCAUGUUGACAUUCUCUCGGACAAGGGCAAAAAGAUGCUACAGGACAGGAUCCCGAUUGAACUUCAACAGCGUGACGCGUUUGUCAUUGAUGUCAUCUUUGGGAAUAACGCCCUGGUAUGUCCGCUACGGUUUCCAAUACCGGUCUCACAGACAGGCAGCCGAUUACGAGUCGCAAGAAAGUCAGGCUACGUUGAGGUUGUCGCCCCAGUGGCCAGUUCAAAGGACUCGGACGUUCUUUCCGAUUUCAUUUAUCCCACGAGAUUGGACGGCAAGGGCUUCCCGGCUGCUCUUAAUGCUUCCCAUAUGAAUUUGGACGCACUCCCUGUUCUGGAUCUAGAAAAGAAAGACCAGAUGCAGUGGCUCGUGACAUUGGCAUCAUUGGAGUUUUCUCCCCGGGAGAAGAGCAUGAGAGACGAGGCCGAUAAAAAGAGCGGGAUAUCCGAAAACCUGCGAGUCAACUUCAAAGAAUCCUUGCUUACCAUGUUCAUGUUGACGUCCGGACUACAAGGAGGGCAGACUGGCAUGUUUGCCAUCAAUCAUCCUGAAAAGGGGGGUAUUCACAUGCUGAUAUUCGUCUCGGCGUUGAAGCUCGACGCAGACUGUUCUUCCGUAGUGUUGGAUGCAGCAGUGGUACCCAUGACCAACCAGCUCGUCGCUUCUGGCAGCAUGGAUCCAUUCUUGGUUCUCAUACGAACACUGGAAUGCUGCAGUAUCAACGUCAAUGAUGCGGAACUCAUUCUGUGGAAACGAGUGUUGCCAGCGUUGGCAGAACGUUGUCGUACAUGGAGCCAUCGUUCUGACUGCGAGUACAAACGAAAGGGGGCAACAGUUCCCCUGAGCCUGGUGCAAGGAGAAAAGUUUCUGUGCUCUUGUGGAAACGGAAAGUUGCCCGAGAACUUUGUUUCAGUGCCAGAAUGGGAAACGGCAGCUCCAAACGCUGUUCGUAUCGCCAUCAGCCCGACAUUUUCGGUGCCUCUUGUGGAGGAUGUCGUUGACCCUGGGGACAUGGCCAAGGGGAAAGAGCAGUUGGCGGCAGGCGAUAGAUGUCGAAGCUGUGGAUCAGCGGCCGCUAAAGAUGGAGGUUCAUUGAAGAAAUGCAUGAGGUGCCAAGCGGUCAAGUAUUGUUCGACGGAAUGUCAGAAGAAAGACUGGAAGAAGCAUCGUAUGGAGUGUUCGGAAUCUUGA